UUGGCAUUCAUUGCUUAUCCAGAAGCCCUAGCCCAACUCCCUGGCGGGCCAUUUUGGUCCAUAUUAUUUUUCUUCAUGCUGUUGACUUUGGGUCUUGACUCUCAGUUUGCUUCCAUUGAAACGAUCACAACAACAAUUCAAGAUUUAUUUCCCAAAGUGAUGAAGAAAAUGAGGGUUCCUAUAACUUUGGGUUGCUGCUUGGUUUUGUUCCUCCUGGGUCUCGUCUGUGUAACUCAGGCUGGGAUUUACUGGGUUAAUCUGAUUGACCACUUCUGUGCUGGAUGGGGCAUUUUGAUUGCAGCUAUACUGGAAAUAAUAGGAGUCAUCUGGAUUUAUGGAGGGAACAGAUUCAUUGAAGAUAUAGAAAUGAUGAUCGGAGCAAAAAGGUGGAUAUUCUGGCUCUGGUGGAGAGCUUGCUGGUUUGCCAUUACACCUAUUCUUUUGAUUGCAAUUUUCAUCUGGUCACUGGUGAAAUUAGACAGACCCGAUUAUGGUAAAAUUCCAUAUCCUGACUGGGGAGUUGCUCUAGGCUGGUGUAUGAUUAUUUUCUGCAUUAUCUGGAUUCCGAUUAUGGCUAUUAUAAAAAUAAUUCAAGCUAAAGGAAACAUCUCUCAGCGCAUUGUAAGCUGCUGCAGACCGGCUUCCAACUGGGGCCCAUACUUGGAACAACACCGUGGGGAGAGAUACAAAGACAUGGCAGAUCCGAAGAAAGAGACCGACCAUGAAAUACCUACGAUCAGCAGCGGUGGGAAACCAGAAACCAGAACAAGUUCUAAUUUUUAA